AUGAAGGCGGGAAUGGACAAAGCUCCCCCGGAAGUGUUGAUGACCAUUGCUCGAUACGUCGAAUCACCGGGAACGCACGCUUCUAGACAAGAUUUGAAGAGCCUUAGACAAGUGAAUCGAUGUCUAUCAGCUAUAGUGACCCCGAGGGUCUUUCGUUGCGUUGCAGUAUGGAUUGGAAUCAAAAGCCUGCAAAAUCUGACCAAUAUCUCGGAGCAUGCUGUACUAUCCAAAUAUAUCAUCGACAUUGAAUUCUCCACGCUGCAGAUUUCCCGCUCGAGCAGCGAAUAUCUAGAGAGGCAGGAUACAAUCAUACGAAAGUUCCAAGACAAAUUCAUGACAAUAAAUGCAAGCGAACUGGCCAUUGCGCAACAUAAUGGUUCAACAAUGAAGUAUCAAGCGGAACAAAACUGGCUUCUCGCGGAAGAUCACGGGCUGAGAGUACUGACGCGGGCGAUUCAACGUCUGCCUAAUCUGACUGCUCUUUGUAUAGUGACAGGCCAUAAAUGGAUCGGCGCCAAAGAGCUCAGCAAUUCGUUCAACCAGAUAUGCGAGCUCAACUUAUUCAGUAUCAGAGAUAUUCUUCCCAUCGCCUUCCAGGCUCUGCAAAAUGCUUCCAAGCAAAUUAUCAAGCUGACAAUGAUUGGGUCAAAUCGCACUACUGACGGCCUUCGAAAUUAUAACAAGCUAGAGACUGAUUGCAAGCAUGAUCUUAUGGCUCACAAUGUGGCACUCGCGCUUGAAGGAGCGCGACGCCCUUUCAGCAACUAUCUCUCAAUGCUAGAGGAACUUGAUUUUGACUUUCCACCCUUAGGGCUCUACAAAGAUUUCAACGAACUCUGCGUAGCUCUAACGAGGACAGUGAAGGUGUGUACUAACCUCAGAGUACUUGCUAUCCGGGGACGAAAGUGUUUCUGGAACUCUUGCCUCGUCCAGCUCCUUGCAGAUGCAAACUUUUCAAAGCUCCAGGAACUUCGUAUGAUUUACGUCAAAUUUGCAGAUGAAGAGCAGUUCCAUACGUUUCUCAUGAAGUACCGCAAAACAUUGAAGGUGUUGAAGCUGCAAGACGUUAUAUUCAUGUCCGCGAAUAACGACACUGACGACAGCGCUCGCAUCAGGCAAAACUUGAAGAAUCUAGAAUGGGAACAGAAUAUGUCUAUGGCGCUGGACAGAUGCUUCGGUGACAGCCAGAAUUAUCGACUUUGUCAUCCGGUCAAGAAUUAA